ACAAAUUCAGUUAAUCGGUGGCUGCUAUUCAUGGAACAAACAAAAAAAUUAUAAAGAGAUGAAAGUCUUUAUCAUAAUGCAGCAGUUGCGCGCAUCACAAAACGUGUUUCUGCAAUAUCGGUUGGCCAAUCGCUGCACUAGUACAAAUGCAUUUACAAUUUUUUUUUUCGUUUUUUCGAAGUGAGACCUGAUUGAUAAAAAAUAAUUAAUUCUUUCGUCAUAUUGCAGUUAAGUGCAGCAAAUAAGAAAAAAAUCACAUUUUAAAAUCGAAGACAACAAAAUGACAACAAACGAGGAGCUGUUUAAUAUCAUAAAGAUUGCUGGACCAAAAAUGGUGCCAUUUUUCAAGGCGGUCUGUGUUUAUUUUGUACUUGAUGCUCAUAAUCAGAACGGUGAAUAUUGGACGACAAUAUUAAAAUGUGCCCCAAUUGUUGGACUUAUAUUGUUUAUUCUAUUGUAUGGAAUCGAUAUGACUGGCGCGCUUUCUUAUGUGCACAAAAUAUUGAUUGCCUUGGUUUUUUCGUGUUUGGGUGAUGCACUUCUCAAUCACAAUUAUUUUGUGUAUGGCAUGUGCGCAUUUGCUGUAGCUCAACUAUUUUAUAUUAUGGCAUUUGGAUUCGAACCGCUAAAACUUUGGAUCGGUAUCAUACUUUAUUCGGCCGGUACAGCAACUGUUUUUCUACUUUGGAGACAUUUGGAUUCGGUUGUUUUGAUUGGUCUUCCUAUUUAUACUAUUUUAUUGGUAACAAUGUGUUGGCGUUCGUUGGCGCUUCUGUUUUUCACUGCCAAAGUACAAAAUUCCAAAAAUAUCUUGAGGACCAUUUGUGCGAUUGGCAGUGCUUUGUUCGUGCUAUCCGACACAAUGAUUGCUAUUGAUAAAUUCUACGCACCUAUACAUAAUAGCUCUGUAUGGAUUAUGUCAACUUAUUAUGCAGCUCAAUUUGGAAUUACCCUUAGCAUUGUGGAUGUAGAAAAAUUCAAGAAAACUUAAUCAGCGAAUAAAAAGAAUGUAAUAAUAAUAUAGACAGUUCGAAUUCGGUGGAUUUUUUUUGUGUGCCGAAAACCACGUAUUAUCACAAUAAGUCUGUUUUUAUUCUAAAUAAAAUAUUUCAUAUUCGAUGAUUGUGUACGUACUGUAAAGACAACGAAAAUAUGCAAUUGCCAUUUGAAGUUAAUUUUAAAUAAAAAAAAAUAAACAAUGUGUCGAAAUAAUAAUAA